AUGGUUCCUCGUCCUCCUCUUCCAUCCGUCCGGCUCAUCUCCGACUGUUUCAUCAAGCCACACUGGCUUCCCCUGCAGUCGAACCACCCUCUCCACUUGCCGCCAUGGGACCUCGUCAUGCUCCCCAUCCACUACAUCCAAAGGGGCCUCCUCUUCCCCCUCCCUCCUCGCCGCCUUGACCCCGGCUUCGACCGCCCCGCUUUCAUCCAUUCCUUCUUGGACAAACUCAAGCGAUCUCUCUCUUCCACACUCGCCCACUUCUACCCCCUCACCGGCCGCCUCGCCACCCUCAAGCGGACUGAACCUCCGUUCUACACCGUCCUCGUUGACUGCACCAACAGCCCUGGGGCGCGAUUCAUCCAUGCCUCAAUCGACAUGACCGUGGCCGACGUCCUCUCCCCUAAGUACGUACCGGCCGUCGUCCGGUCCUUCUUUGACCACGACCAGGCCAUCAACCACGACGGCCACGACCUGUCCCUGCUGUCCGCGCAGGUCACUGAGCUCGCCGAUGGCCUCUUCAUCGGGCUCUCCAUGAACCAUGUUGUUGGCGACGGCUCCUCCUUCUGGCACUUCUUCAACUCGUGGUCCGAGAUCUUCCAAGCGCAAGAGAAAGGCACCGCUGAUGUCGUCCAGCUGUCGCGUCCCCCGAUCCUGACCCGGUGGUUCCCAGAGGACCACCCUGGCCCGGUCAGCCUGCCUUACACGAACGACCCAUCAUCGUUCUUCGCCCACCCCGACGCCCCUGAGCUCAAGGAGCGAUUCUUUCACUUCUCCACCGAUGCCAUCGCGGGGCUCAAGGGAGAGGCAAACCGGCAAUGCGGCACCACCAAUAUCUCGUCCUUCCAGUCCUUGACUGCCCAUGUAUGGCGGUGCAUCACGCGUGCGAGCCGCCUCCCGCCUGACCAGAUCUCAAGCUGCUAUAUGAACGCGGACAACCGGGGCAGGCUGGAGCCCCCAGUCCCACUGGAAUACUAUGGGAACAUGGUCACGCCAUUGAGGACGGCAGCGACGGUGGGGGAGCUGCUGGAUAGAGGCCCCGGGUGGGCGGCACGGCAACUGCAUGCAACAGUGGCCGAGCACAACGACGCGAAGCUGCGGAAGUGGAACGAGGAGUGGAUAAAGAACCCGCAUAUGUACCACCUGGGCAGAAUGUUCGAUCCGUGCAACAUCAUGAUGUGGAGCUCGCCGCGGUUCAACAUGUACGGCAAUGAGUUCGGACUGGGGAAGGCCGUGGCUCUGCGGGGCGGGCAAGGGAACAAGUUCGACGGCAAGGUCUCGGGCUAUCCGGGCCGCGAUGGAGGCGGGAGCAUCGACCUCGAGAUCUGCCUGUCACCGGAGAAGAUGGCGGUUCUCGAAGACGACGCUGAGUUCAUGACCGCCGUGACGAUUUCGUAGGUCGGAGGGCGCCAUCGCGGUGGCUAUGGGCAAGUCGAGUCAACGCCAUUAACCAAGGAGGAAUAGUCGUCGUUGCCGGAUAGGGAAUUUUAAUAAAAUUGAUUCUACUUCUCGACGUAAG